AUGCGGCGCGAUGCGCGGGUUUUAGUGGCAGUCGACCAAUCACCGGGCGCCGAGUCGGCGUUUCACUUCGCGCUGAGCCUGCUGUCUCGCAACGCCACCAUCUACGCUCUACACGUCCGGGACCCCAACACGGAGGCGGCAUGGAUGUACGAGGCAGAGCAGCGCAACAGCGCGGGGCAGGCGUUGGUGUGGGAAUACGAGGUGGAGGCACGCGCAGAGGAUUUGCUAGCACGAUUCCGAGGGAUGGCGCAUGCGGCUGGGAUAACGUGCCAUGCAGUGUCGCGCAAGGCGGGCGAUGCGCGUGCAGAGCUGUGUGAGGCGGUGGAGCGGCAGGCCAUAGAGCUGCUCGUGGUGGGGUCAAGAGGGCUGGGCGCCGUGUCCAGGGAUGGUGGUGGAGCGACAGGCCAUAGAGCUGCUCGUGGUGGGCUCCCGAGGGCUGGGCGCCGUGUCCAGGGUGCGGAGUGGCAGACCAUAGAGCUGCUCUUGGUCGGCUCCGGAGGGCUGGGGCCGUGUCAAGGCACUCACAGCGAGGGUGCAGGCGUUGCACGGUCAGAAGCAGAGCAUGGUGGCCGAGGUGAGCCUCGCUAUAAGGGGAGCGCAUGGAGCGUCCAAGGAGGGCACAAAGCACAUGGAACGUCCAAGGAGGGGGAAGAGGCAGGGGAGGAAGAGCAGUCGUUCCGAGCCCUGGAAAAGACGCGUAAGAAAGCACAUGGAGCGUCCAAGGAGGGGGAAGAGGCGGGGGAGGAGGAGCAGUCGGGGAGGGUGAUGAGAGAGGGGGGGGAGGGGGAAGAAGGGGUGGAGGAGAAGCGGGAGGCGAUACGAGAGGCGAUGGCGCAUGCAUGGAAGGGUUAUCGGCAAUAUGCAUGGGGCAUGGAUGAACUGCAGCCGCGCACCAAGACCGGGGCGAACCACUUUGGGGGGCUGGGUUUGACCAUCGUUGACUCGCUUGACUCGCUCUACCUCAUGGGGCUCACCAAGGAGUUCAAUGAGGCCAAGAGCUGGGUGCAGGAGAAGCUCUUCUUCGAGCAUGACUACGACGCCAACGUCUUCGAAACCACCAUUCGCAUACUGGGCGGGCUACUGAGUGCGUACGACCUCUCAGGCGACCCAAUGCUCCUGGCCAAAGCAAGAGAGCUCGCAGACAAGCUGCUGCCGGCCUUCGCCACGCCCACGGGCAUCCCCCUCGCCUUUGUCAACCUCGCCAGUGGCACUGCACGCUCACACGGCUGGACUGGGCGCUCUGCAGUACUGGCAGAUCUGGGCUCAACACAGCUAGAGAUGGUGGCACUCUCCCAGCGCACGGGCGAUCCCAAAUACGCCAACGCCUCGGAGCACAUCAUCCGUCAGAUCGCCAAGAUCUUUCCAUCCGACGGUCUGCUGCCAGUGCUCAUUGGCACUGUCACCGGCAAGCCCACCUCUCGCCACAUCACGCUUGGGUCCAUGGGGGACAGCUUCUACGAGUAUUUACUCAAAGUGUGGGUGCAAGGCGGAGGCACACCCUAUGUUCAGAGAUACAGAGACAUGUGGGAGAAAUCCAUGCAAGGCAUGAUGGAUAAGCUGAUUCACCACUCCCCGGCUCCCAACACCACCACCGCCACUACCACCGCCAGUGCAACCAACAACAGUAGCACUAGCAGCACCAGUGACAGAAGCAGCAGCAGCAGUGCUGGCAUUACCACCAGCGGUGGCGGCAGCAAUGACAGCAGCAGCAGCAGUGGCAGCAGUGGUGGCAGAGUGGCGUAUGUGGCAGAGAUGCAUGCGGGGAAGGUGGAGCACAAGAUGGAGCAUGUGACGUGCUUCGUGGCAGGCUUGCUGGUGCUGGGGGCACAGACAGUGGCGGAGGGGAGUGAACACACCGAGGCGUACAUGAAGUUGGCUAAAGAGCUGGGGCACACGUGUCAUCUCUUCUACAGCACGUCACCCACGGGGCUCAGUGGGGAGGACUAUGCAUUUGGAGAGAAGGGCAUGCGCAUGGAGGGGCGCAAGUACAACAACUUGAGGCCCGAGGCAGUGGAGGCGUGGAUGUACCUGUGGCGGGCCACGCAUGACCCCAUCUACAGGCAGUGGGGGUGGGAGGCCUUCCAGGCCAUUCAGAAGCACUGCCGCGUGGAAAACGGCUAUGUGGGGCUGCUGGAUGCCUCUCAGAACCCUCCUCAGCAGGACGACUUGCAGCAGAGCUUCUUUCUUGCUGAGACGCUCAAGUAUCUCUACCUCCUCUUCUCACCCGAUGAUGUGCUGCCUCUCAACCAAUGGGUGUUCAAUACUGAGGCACACCCCCUCAAGAUCAUUGCAAGAAACGCUGAUUCCCCCCCUCAAGUGAGGAUUGAGUCUCAAACGAAGCGUGACGUGCUUCCAGAUGAUGAUUAG